UCCUCUCUCUCGGCGUCUCCGUCUCCACCGAGGCUGAUCGGGAGAGAGAGAGAGAGAUCUCGAUGGGCUCCGACGCCGCUCGCCGGCCAGAUCUUGGAGACCACUCCCCACCCUUGCCGGAGCCGGUGCUCGACCCUUGCUUUGCUCAAUGGUGCUGCUGCGGCUGGUUCUCGAGCCGCUCUUGCAGGCUCUCCGAUUGGGAACCGAUCCGCUCCUCCGUCGACCAUGGCAAGGAUCCAUGGUGGAAGCGUGCGAUCUUGAGAGUGAAAGAGUGGUCGGAGAUCGUCGCUGGCCCACGGUGGAAGACCUUCAUACGGAGGUUCAACCGUGGUGGCGGGAUCCGCCGUGCCCGGUUCCAGUACGAUCCGUUGAGCUAUGCGUUGAACUUCGAUGAGGGAACCGAGGAUUUUGAUGGAGAUGGCUGCCAUAGUUGCCGGAACUUCUCGGCGAGGUUCGCGGCUCCGGUGUCUGCGAAAUGUUCGAUGGAUCUCGGUGGCAGGAACGCGCCUCUGGUGGUUGGAGAUAGUGGGGAUCUUUCCGGCCAAUUGAUUCCAGGUUUUUCUCAAAACGUAUGAUAGCUAUAUAGUUUGGAUUCCUCUGUUAUAGAUUCAUUGUUUUCCGUUUUGAGAUCAGUUGUUUGUUUCCUGUCCAACAAUUGUAUUCAAAUUGAUUGUUUAUUCUUCAUAUAUACCGAAACUCUUUUCAUUUUUUUCAA